AUGCUCCCGUACUCGGGAAAUACAGAGAGGCGUCAACAAGCCGUCACUCGAACACAUCAUCAUCUCCACCAAAACUACCAAUCCCUUCCACGUCAUCGACCACGCCCCCAACACGGAUGCCACGUGUUCUGUCGAGAGUGUUUCAACAGAAUCUUCCUGGGAUCACUAGCCUUCAAAUUGUAUCUUGUGGUGGCUUGGUGUCUCGGACUGACAGCCAGAGCGGUCUACACCACCAUUUGUCUCAUCUACCUACUCUCUCAAAACGCUGGAUUACUUGGGGUGUUCACUCAAAAUGAGCGGAUCUUCAUACCGUAUGCCAUUGUGUUGGUAGUCACCAUAGUAGCCAACACUAUCCUUAUAAGCCUCUCUAUGGUUCUCAUGAUUGCAAAGUAUCUAGCAUUCAUUAGUAUCACACAAGGGUUUCUGUGGGACCACCCGAUAUUAGUGUUCCUCGGAUCAAUUGUCUUCUUCGUAUACAAUGGUCUAUGUCUGGCGUCGAUGAUUCAUUUGUGCUCGGAUUUCGACAAAAAGCGGAUCCUGACCGAACGAAGACAACGAGAAGAAGCUGCUCACAGAGCACGGAUCUAUAAUCGACUCGUCGAAUUGAACAAUCGAGAUCAGCCGAUUACGGUUAAUUUGGACAGUCCGCCCAAGUAUUCGAACUUGAGCACAAAAUCGGAAACAGUUUGUACACCACCACCCGGUUAUUCUCAAUUGAAAGAUUUGGACCAAAAAUCUGAAAAAUCUGAAAAGACAUCACAAAGAGCACUUUUUCUGGAUUCUAGCGAAUAA